AAAAUAGAAAAGAAAAAAACAAACUGAUUUUUAUAUAAACAAUAAGAAUAAAAGUGAUUUUAACCACAGCUCAGGGCAAAUCUAAAAUAGACUGCAACUCAAAGAAAAAAAAAACUGAAAUUUUUCGGAUAAUAUUUCUACCAAAAUCAAUCAAUAUCAAUAUCUUUAUAAAUAUAUAUUUUAUACAAAUUGAAACAUAAAUCAGUAAAAAAUGGUAAUCCGACAUAGCCAUCAACUUUAGAGGAUCAUCAACAACCCAGAAGAAAACUAGAAAACAUCGAGAAAUAUCGUCGAGAAAAUUUGUGUGAAAAUCAAUUGAGGAAAUUUGUGAAAAAAUUAAAAAAAAUAUUUGGAUUGAUUCAUCAGUUUUCAUUAUGGCACCGAUGCAAUUGAAUGCAAAUGGCGUGGGAGGCGGCGUCCAAUUGGCCCGCUGUUGCUAUCCGAACGGGGAAUGCGGCAAAGUGGACUCAUUGAUAGCUCUGGACGAGAAUGGUCUGUCCGAGUGUGUCCGUGUGCUGUGCAACAAUGAGAACUGCAAUGUUGGCCAGUAUAUGCAUCGCGAGUGCUUCGAUGUGUGGGAGGCCGGUGUCCUGCAAUCCCUGAAGGCCAGUGGCCGGGCGCCACGCAAUUGGUCGGAGAGGCAGAGGGCUCAGCAUUUGUGGACCAAAAAGUGUUACGAUCUGGUCUACAAGGCGUGCAGUUGCAAGUGCGGACGUGGUCAAUUGCGUAAGGAUAUUGAAUGGUCGUCGGCCAGUGCCUUGGUCUAUCUCAAUUCCGGUGGCGGCACCCGUAAUGCUGCUGGCAAUCUCAGUGAGGAUGAUGAUAAGAAGAAAUCCAAGAAAAAGCGUAAUCGCAACAACAAUGCCAAUAGCACCAGCAGCAACAACAACAACAACAACAAUGCUGGCGGAAAUAUGGCAAAUAAUGUUGGAGCUCAAAAAAAUAGUUCAUUGGCUUUGACACCGCUGAACACGAAUAAUAAUUCAACAAAUGGCUAUAGCAAUCUAACACCCAAUCCCAAUGUGGGUGUCAUUGGUUCAGGUUUGCCACACAACAACAACAGCAGCAACAACAAUGGGAACAACAACAACAACACUGUGGGUAAUGUCAUGGUACUCCCCUCGCCCCUGACCAAUUCCAAUGCCAACAAUAUCCUGGGCCUUGAUCUACGCGCUCGUGCUGGUAGCCUGUCCUCAAGCGGUGCUGGCAGUGGUUCUAGCUCACCAUCGGCCUCACAAUCCAGUGCCGAUAUAUCCAUAUCGCCCAUCCAACAACUGCAGCAACAUCAUCCAUUGCAUCAUCAUCAUCAUCAAUCCUUAUUGAUGCAACCCACAAAUGCCACCGCCGCCACCUAUGCAGGCAAUCUCCUACUCCAGAAUGGUUUGGGUCUCACUAAAUCAGUUCCAGUGGCACCAACAGCAGCUGCACCACCUGCACCACAACCGACAGCAGCACCACCCACUUUGCCAGCCUUGGCCAAUAUCAGCAAUUUCAAGCCCAUGGCCAGUUAUGAUCAGCAGCAGCUUGUCCAGCAGCAAAAGAACAAGGAGGUCGAACUAUAUUCCGAGCGUGUGCGCUCCACUUCUGGUUGUAAUGGCAUCUUUUCGCGUCGCUUGGAUUUCUCAUCAUUCAAUUUGCUGCCAAAGACUCGUUUGAAUUCUUAUCAAGUUAAGAUUGAAGAUGAAGGAAAUCAUGGCAAUGAUGAGACACGCCUCUUUAUACUAUCCUCAUUGGCCCAGUCGCAGAUGAGUCGCGUGGCCUGCAUUUUGUGUGAGGAGCCUUUGCUUGUAUUCGAUCGUUAUCCCCUGGUGGAUGGCUCCUUCUUUCUGAGUCCCAAGCAGCAUUCCAAUGGCUGCAUUGAGGUUAAAUAUGAGGGACGCUCUUUGUACUUGACCUGCGUGUGCAUGAGUUGUCUGGAUGGCACUUCAAGUAGUCGCGUCAUUAGCUGCAGAUUCUGCAAUGAACCCUGGGAUGGUUCCAGUUUGGUAUUGGGCACCAUGUAUGCCUAUGAUAUAUUUGCUGCCAUGCCCUGUUGCGCCGAACGAUUCAAGUGCAAUAACUGCUUCAAAAUGCUUAUGCAUCCACAACAGCGGCUGAGCUUCUAUAGCGAUUACUCGCAUGGGGUUACCUGUCCCUAUUGCAAUACCCAGGACACUCACUUUGUUAAGCCCUUGAGCUUUUGCUAUGCCAAGAACACAACGACAAGGCUGCAGACGCUCGCAUAACAUGAGGCCCCGUUGGGGUCACCAGCCUUAGGUGCUCCAACGGCCUCGAAACAGCCGCUCUUUAAUCAAGCCAUUGAUUAUUCGGCACCGCUGCAGCAACAAAUUAAUCCAGAUUUAAUUGGGGCUCAUCCGCAUGCUCAACAGGUAAGACAGCAGCAGCAGCAGCAGCAGCAACAUCAGCAGCAACCACCACAAACGACGCCAGCAACAUCUCAGCCAAAUGUAGCUUUAGCUACUCAUCGCCUGGCCAACUUCCAGCAGCAGCAGCAGCAACAACAGAAGCAACAGCUACAACAGCAGCAGCAACAACAACCGCCUGCAGCAACUCAACAGAAGUUGCAUUUUUCUAAUGGCAAUCUAAUGGCAAUGGCUGAUGUGAUGAGCAAGUUCCAGCAGCAACAGCAGCAGCAGCAGCAACAAAUCGCCAACAACAAUUCUGGUGUCAGCAGCAGUAUUAGUAACUUAUUAAUUAGCCAUAAUUCAAGCAACAUCAAUCCAAACACCAAAUUGCAUGGUGCCUGGAAUCAAUCGAUUGGCCAGGCCGAGGCCAUAUCUGCUCUUUGGGGUUGCAGCAGCAACAUCUCCUCGACUGGCUCCACUCACUCGACCAGUGGCUGCUCAUCGGGCAGCGGUUCACAGCCAUCGCUAAGUCCAACCACUAGCCACAGCAAAGAAAUGCUUUGGGCACAAACUUCACCCACUAAUGCCGCCGGCAACAGCAACACAACCAACAACGGCAACAACAACAACACCAACAUAUUGGCCAACACUCAACUCAGGGAUACUUUCAAGGAUCUACACCAUGCAGCCUCGCCCACCGCAUCGUUGACCUCAUCGUCAUCCUCCUUAAACGGCAGUCACAAUAGUUGGGGCCAAACGCAGCAUUAUGGUAAAUCCAACAUAUGGGAAUUACCCGGAGCCACAUCGUCCCCGACGGGACGAUCGCAACAGCCAAAUCUCGAGAUGUUUAGCGACUUGUUUGGCCAUCUCAAUAUAAGCCAAGAGUGUGCCGCUGCCCACCUCAAGGCCGCUGCCACAGAUAUGAGCUCAGAUGUCAGUUCGAAUUCCUCGUCCUCGGCCGGUGAACUCCUCGAGGCGGCCAAUAAUAUAUGGCGGCACACCACCAGCACCACAGCUGGAGCUGGUCCCAUUGGUGGACGACAACCAUCCAUUUAUGAGGAGGCAGCAAUCGGGGGAUCAGGUUCAGCUGCCUGCAUGGUCCUUUUCAAUGACUAUUUCAAUGCUGCUCAAGUGGAUUUCUAAGCGAAUUGCGCAACAUUUUCCAACUAAUUUUUAUAAGAAAAUGAGAACCCCACAAAAAAAAAAAAAAAAUGAAGAGA